GAUGCGGUGCGGCAUGCUUGUGUGGCCAAGAACAGAGCCUUGACUCAUGUGGGAGAAGACAAAUGGGUGCCCUAUGUGGAGUGGAUUGGAAGGAGGCCGAAGGUGGAUAUGCUUCGGGUGUUCGGGUGCAUGUGCAUGGCACUUGUGCCUAAGAAACUUCGGCACAACAAGCUUGAUGCCAAGGCAACAUGGGCCGUGCGCCUGGGCAUGGCUCAAAACAGCAAGGGAUGGCUUCUUUGGAACCCAUUUACCAAGAAGUUCUUGAACCAGAGGACAUGACAAGUGUGGGAGGCUUCAUCUGCUGUGUUGGUGGAGGACCAACAGCUUGGGAGAGCAAGAAGCAAGUGGACCAAGCAUUGAGCUCGGUGGAGUCCGACUACAUGGCACUCUUCCGUGCCAUAAGAGAGGUUGUGUGGCAGCGGCGUUUGCUAGCUGAAUUGGGGGAGGAGCAGCAAGGACCUACCCCACUCUACUGUGAUAGCCAGGGUGCUAUUGUAUUGGCUAAGAACCCCGUUCUUCAUGGCCUUACCAAGCACAUGAAGGUGAAGUGGCAUUGGGUGAGGAGCAUGGUAACCGCGGGUGAAGUGGAGUUGCACUACGUGAAGACGACGGCGCAGCCUGCUGAUAUGAUGACCAAGAGGCUGGUUGAGCAGCAGCAUUAGAAGUGUUGCAAGCUUGCUGGGAUGGCUCUGAACUAAGGGGAGCAGAUUCUAAGGCCAACAAUCCGAGGGGGAGUUUGCUGGUGCAACCUUA